UUGAGUGUUGGCGGGGUCCGGGACCACAGCCGGGGUGCCACAGCAGUACUCUGGCUGUGUGGGCUCUGUCCCGGGUUGCUACAGCAGAGAAGUCGCUUCUUCUGGGCGCUCCAGGCAGCCGUCCCAUGCUCUGCUGAGCAAGGUGCCAUGUCUCUGAAAGUCCUCCUUCUUCUGAUUUUGCUGGGCCCUGACAGCAGCCUCCAGCUGUGGGGGAUAGGGAAGAAUGGAACCCAGGAGGCCCCAGAUGCCCUGCUCUCCCGGGGCCGGAGACAGGUGGAUGAGGACCAGGAAGAGGACUCGUAUGACUAUGUUACAGAAGGCACAGGCCCUCCGGAAACGCUUACAGAUAACCCUGGGUCUUUGGCCCUGACCCCAAAACUUCUGGCGGAGUUGGCAAUAUUGGAGCAUGGAAAUCCUGAGCCAGACACUCUGGAGGUGGCCACAGGGGAGUCGGCUAGCCUGGAUGCAGGAGGGGUGACCCUGGGGAAUCUGAGCAUGGAAGUGGCCACACAAGGCAUUCCUGUCACACUGAACCCACUGACCAAAGAACAGGCCACUACAUUACCUCUCAUCACAGAGGCCCCAUCCACAGAGGGGGCUCUGUCUACAGAGCGGGCCACUACUGAGGCCCUGUCCACAGAGCCAGCAGCCACAGAGGCACUGACCAUGCAACCUGCGGACACAGAGGCCCCGUCCAUGAAGUCUACUGUCAUGGAGACCCUGUCCACAGGGCCAGAAGCCACGGAUGCCCUGUCCACGGAGUCUACUGCCACAAAGGCCCCAUCCAUGGAGUCUACUGUCAUGGAGAUGCUGUCCACGGGGCCAGAAGCCACAGAUGCCCUGUCCACGGAGCCUACUGCCACAGAGGCCCCAUCCGUGAAGUCUACUGUCAUGGAGACCCUGUCCACGGAGCCCGCUGCCACAGAGCCCCCGUCUGCAGAUCCAGCCACCACCAUAGGGCGCCUAACCACCGUCCCUCUUGUGACCUCUGAUCCUCAAAACAGCACCACUGUGGCAGCGGGCAAUUUGUCUGCUGUCCUCACUGAACAAUGGAAAAACAGGCAGCGUCUCUCCCCACAGAGCUCCGUGGCCCCCAUCCCCACAGGGGCCCCGGACCGCAUCCCUGUGAAGCAGUGCCUACUGGCCAUCCUCAUCUUGGCCCUGGUAGCCACAACCUUUCUCGUGUGCACCGUGGUGCUGGCCGUCCGCCUCUCCCGCAAGAAUCACAUGUACCCCGUGCGCAAUUAUUCCCCCACCGAGAUGGUCUGCAUCUCAUCCCUGCUGCCUGAGGGGGGCGAUGUGCCCCCUGCCACGGCCAAUGGGGGCCUGCCCAAUGCCAAGAGCCAGGGCCUAAAGGCGGAGCCUGGGGAGGGGCGAGAUGGGGACGACCUCACCUUGCAGAGCUUCCUCCCUUAACUCCUCUGUUUGUCCACCUGAGCAGGACCCUGGCCUCCUCGCUCCCUCCAGGGCCCACCGGGCCACCACUGAGUACCCAGGCUCUGUUCCAUGGUCUGGGUUUCCUUGGGGCCCCCAGGGAUGGGGACCUUUAGGACAGGGUUGUCCCACAGGCCUGAAAGGGGCUGGACUCCUGUAGCCAAAGCAGGACUGGUGAGCAAGCCACUUUGGUCUCCCUCCUGCCUCCAGUGGAGGCUGGGGAGGUCCCCCCACCUCCCUGUCUCCCACCUGUCUGGGCUCCCUCUAAUGCCUCCAACCACUGAGGUCUCCUCCCCUGGCACCCAGGGAAGACCCAGAGUCUUCUGGCUGCGCUGGUCACCGUACAGGAAUGGGCAUCUGGGGAAGGGGUGCCGGGUUCUGGAGGCCUUUCGGAAUCACCCCUGCACUUGAGGGCAGCUUGGCUUUUCUUGGGCGUCUCCCCAGGGAGCCCAGGGUGAGAUCCUGGCCCGAGGUCUGGGGUGUACUUGGAGAGGCUUCUUUGAGGCUGUGUGGACCAACGAGCUUCCUUCAGGGGACAGAGUAACCCCUUUCCUGCCCUCUCUCAUCUGCCCCUGUGCCCACGUUUUAGGGAGGGCUCUGUCUUGUUCACUGACGUGGCCCAUUCCCCAGCCCAGAGCCUGGUACAGCACAGGCCUUUAAUAAAUAUUUGAUGAACAAAUGAUGCCUGAAUGUCUCAGGGUAUCAGGGUGCCUCCUUCUGGUGGGGAUUGGUCCUUUGCUGUUCAACCCAGCCCCCUCCAGGAAGCCCCCUGUCCGGGCCUAAAGUUGACUUCAGCAUUGUCUCUCGGACACUGGGACAAGUUGGUACAUCCUUGGGCAGCUGGGGAAGGUUUUAGGCUGUCAUGGGGACACGGAGGCUGUUCCCUGAAUCUGCUUUAUUCAACUCACCCGUGACCUAGUUCUGGCCUACAGAAUUUGUCCCCCACCCCCUCAAAUCUCAGACAAACGUCAAGGCCAUCCUGCCUGGAAACCCACCAUGACCUCUGCCUUCUAUAGGGGGCCUGUCUCCCAUUUAACACUCACCCCUCACAGGGCUGAGCACAGCUGCAGCCUACAAGGUUUCUGUACAAAGUCUGGGGCCAGCAAACCUUUUCUUAAACGACCAGACCAAAAAUAUGUUAUGUUUUGCAGACCACGUGGUCUCAGCUGCAACUUCUCAACCCCAUCCUCCGUCCUUGUAGAUCAAAUGCGGUGCUGGACGGUGUGUCACAAAUGAAUGGGGUGGGCUAGGUUCUAAAUAAAACUCUAUUUACAAGCA